CAUUCAGGCUUAAAAAAACGACAAUAUUGUAAGUAAUCCAAAGUAAUCAGAUUACGUUACUCACUUGAAGUAAUGUAACUGAUUACGUUACAAAUUACAUUUUGAGUGAUGUAAUCAGUAAUCUGUAAGGGAUUACAUUUUAAAAGUAACCUUCCCAACACUGAUUGCAAUGUACCUCAGUUUCAGAAUUAAACUCAUACACACAGCCUCCAUACAGACAGGACACACACAGACUCUCUUGCUCAGAUCAACAGGUCAACAACCUUGUUUUUAAAUUCAUUUUACCAAAGAAUCGAUAGAACUGGGAUUAUAACAACCAUAGACACAAUGAAGACCUACCAUGACCAAGAAGAGAAUCCUUUUCUACAGCUGUGUUUACUUAGCUUUCCCUUACAUAGCCUCACACUGUCUCACACUUCCUCACAAUACCUAAUCUAAUCUAUAUUUGGCGCCAUAUAUAAUAUUGGUAUAUUCCUUUACCUUAUGUGAUGGUAAAAUCUCAUUCUCUCCUAAUCUGCUGUGGUGGUGCACCACCUUUGAACACUUGGGAGAUAAGGAUCAUGCAGGAUGAAAAUCGUCACGACAACGACCAUACGACCAUAUUGGUAUACACUACUGAUAGAAUUCUGCCCAUAACAAAUUAUACUUUAACUCUUUCACCCUCUCCUAUUAUACUUUAACUCUUUCACCCUCUCCUAUUCCCCCAAUUGUGGCUCCAUCAUGUCUGCUACAAAACUUAACCAUUCAUCUCUGCAGGGACCCAGAUUGUUAUCUGACCAUUUGUCUCUGCAGGGACCCUCAUCGUCUAUAUGCUAAUUUAUCUGACCAUUUGUCUCUGCAGGGACCCUCAUACCCCCCAUUAAAGUGACCACCCUGCAGUGUUCAAAGCAGGAUUCCAAUGUAUAUAAUUCCCCCUCAAAAUAUCCCUAGUUAGAUUGGUUUUGAUCGACUGUGAGCUGUACCCAUACUCUCUGUGUGUGUCAAUAAACUCAAGUCAACUCUGAAGCCGUCUCCUGACUCCUGAAUCGGACACCUGGUUCCUGAAGGCCGAAUUUCUAACAACUUGGUGCCGUGACCCGGAUGGCAUACUGAAACCUACUUGGACAAUACAUUGACUUCUGGAUGAUUUGAUGCAUCUUCAUGAAAGCUCAUCUUCAAGAGAGUCUGCGUAGCCGAGGAUCUGCAAGGCAUCUGCUCAGCCGAGGAUCUUCAAGAGAUCUGCACAGCCGAGGAUCUUCAGGAAAUCUGCACAGCCGAGGAUCUUCAGGAAAUCUGCACAGCCGAGGAUCUUCAGGAAAUCUGCACAGCCGAGGAUCUUCAGCAAAUCUGCACAGCGGAGGAUCUUCAAGACAUCUGCACAGCCGAGGAUCUUCAAGAGAUCUGCAUAACUGAUAACCUUCAAGAGAGUCUGCACAGCUGAGAAGCUUCAAGACAGUCUGCGCAGCUGAGGAUCUUCAAGAGAUCUGCACAGCCUGAAGAACCUUCAAGAAAAUCUGCAUAGCUGAGGAAUCCAAGAAAAUCUGUGUAGCUUUUUGAAGACAAAGACAAGACCUUGAAGACAACUUCAAGCAACCCACACUGUGAAGUCUACCAGAACACCAUGAAUGCAAUUAUGUGCAUGAUCAUAGCAAUGAUCUAUGGUGUAAAUACAUGGGAUUGCACACGCAUGCCUACUGAAUACUUUCACCAUGCAAAAGCAAAUCACCCAAGCUCCCUGACCUGCACCCUUCAUGAACAAGCUUUGCCUGAAAACACUAUAUGUCUCUGGCACUUCUGUACCAAUGAAGAAUCAGAAACAUUAGGACCAAGUUCACUAAUAGCGAGCUUUAGGGUAAAAGCAGGCUUUGUACUGGUGAACCAACGAACAAAUAACCUAUUUGUUCUAAACCAGAAUGGCACCUUAUUCUUUAACAAGAUAAGGUAUGAAAAUGAAGGCUCGUACAGAUGCAAAUGUGGCGAACAUGUUCGGUAUCAUCAGCUUUAUGUAGAUACUGACAUAAAAAUAAACCAAGGGGGAAACCAAGUUCCAAGCAUUAACCCAAAAGAGAAUGUUUUUUCCCAUCUCUUCUCACUGACAAGGACUCAACUUUUCGGAGAGCAGCCUGUGUGUGUUCCCCAACCUGUCAGCGUAACUGGAGGAAUCUCAUGGACUGCACAUUCAAUCUCCAAAUGUGACACAUGUUCUGUCUUACAAUCACAUAAUAGCAAUCCAGUUAACAUUGUCUCCUGUCACAACGUCACAGUUCCAGUGGUCACUAGCUGCUGUGUCCCUGGUGAAAACACAUGCAACACCACCUCACUUCCAAAAACCAAUGUCACAGAGCUUAUCACACCCAGUCAUUUUCCCUGGUGUAUUGAGAGUACAGGUGAAUCACCUUCUCUAGGUGAAAUUCCCAAACAAGCAUGUGCUGAAAUCUAUGCCUUAGAUGAUGAGGGCACCGCUUACAGACACUCAUCCAGGAUAUCACAAAAACUGCCUUCUCAAAUCACUCUCCAGGGGCCUGUUGAUGAUGAAGACUGCGUAAAAGAAGGUGCUCACUGGCAUAAUCUACUCGCUUUGACUCAGAUAUGUCGUCUACCUGCUCCGGUAGGUACAUACUGGCUCUGUGGAACUACUGCAUGGUCUGAAUUGCCCUCCAGGUUUAAUGGCAGAUGCACACUCGCAUACCUGUAUCCAUCCAUGAGGAGUAAACAAGAGAAGUUACAACUCACAGCUGGCAGUACUGACCAGAGUAAUACCUGCAUUCCUGGUUUAACCUGUCAACAGACUCUGUGGUCUCGCACUCUUGGAGCUCUAAUUCCAUCAUAUGGUGUCAUGCAAUCACUGGAUCAGAUCCGUACCCUCUCAAGACAAAUGGAUCAAUUAAUUAAUGACACUGUUUUCGCCUUAAACAACAUCAGCCUUGCCUUAGCUUCCCACAGAAUGAUGAUUCUGCAGAACCGCAUUGCUCUGGACUAUCUACUAUCCAGCCAUGGUGGAACUUGCUCAGUGGUAGGUCCUGAAUGCUGCACUGAUGUCCUGAAUCCUAAGGAAGACCUCUCAAACAUAAUCACAGACUUACGAAAUUUACAUGACCAAGUAUCCACAAUGAACAAUUCUGAAACUUGGCUAUAUGGACUUCUUGGACCUUUAUGGCAUAACAUUGUAGAGAUAGGCUUGGUUCUACUUUGCACAGUUAUAGCCAUUUUUAUUGUUUGCUUUAGUUUUCGAUUUUUUAUUUUACAUAUGUUUUGAAUUUUGAGUAAUAAUGUAGUUGUGUGAUUCUCCAUUUGGGAGAAUCAAAGGGGGAAUUGAUAGAAUUCUGCCCAUAACAAAUUAUACUUUAACUCUUUCACCCUCUCCUAUUAUACUUUAACUCUUUCACCCUCUCCUAUUCCCCCAAUUGUGGCUCCAUCAUGUCUGCUACAAAACUUGACCAUUCAUCUCUGCAGGGACCCAGAUUGUUAUCUGACCAUUUGUCUCUGCAGGGACCCUCAUCGUCUAUAUGCUAAUUUAUCUGACCAUUUGUCUCUGCAGGGACCCUCAUACCCCCCAUUAAAGUGACCACCCUGCAGUGUUCAAAGCAGGAUUCCAAUGUAUAUAAUGCCCCCUCAAAAUAUCCCUAGUUAGAUUGGUUUUGAUCGACUGUGAGCUGUACCCAUACUCUCUGUGUGUGUCAAUAAACUCAAGUCAACUCUGAA